CCGCCCCCGCCGCCGUCCUCCGCCCCCUUCCCCCACCGCGCGCGCGCCGCCCGAGGCCGCGCGGGGAGACGCGGCCCAGGGGCUCCAGGACUCGGUUUACCCCCGCGCGUUUCCGCGGUCUGAUUGUGCGCCCAGUCCUUGUGCCUCUCGUCUUCCCCGCGGUAAAGAAACUCCAUCCCAGGAAAUUAGAGAGAGAUGUGCGGCCGAACCAGAUCCCGCCGGGUCUGCAUUCAGAACACAGUGAUGACCUGAAGAAGAUACUCGUGCCCAUUGUCACAAAGCUAAUGUGCCCCUGGCAGGAGGGAGAACACCCAGAAGUCGGAGGAGGAAUGCAGCUGGAGCUGGAAGAGCCUAGGGUCUGGCUGCUUCCUCACACCAAGGUGGGGGGCAGAACCGCAGUCUCAGUCAUGGUCUGCAACCACACCCGACUCUCUACAAACCAGAUGAGAUAAUGAAGACUCAGAAAAGUUAAAUGAUUUUCCCAAGGCCACAAAACUCGUAAGUUGUAUAGCUGGAAGUUUUGUCUGGUGCCCAAACCUAGGCUUUAUCUUCAGGACUCAAGUGUGGUCCACACACCAGCUGUACCAGCAUCCGAGAGCUGCUGGAAAUGUGGAAUCUUAGGUCCUAUCUAGACCUACUGGAUCAAAAUCUGUAAUUCAACAAGAUCAGCAGUGUGAAAUUGUGAAUAUUUUUGUCGACUGGAUGGCCAAAUGUUCUAAACACCAUUUAAGUUUGGAGCCUGGAAGUCCCAGAUGAAGGUGCCAACAAGAUUGUUUUUGAUGAGCCCUCACUCCUCAGCUUACAGACAAUGCCUUCUCACCAUCUUCUCCUCGCCCCUUCUCUGUGUGCGCUUAGAGAGCGAGCUCUGAUGACUCUGUACAAUGCCUACACCAGGAGGAUAUUAUUCUACAAAUAAGGGCCCAGCGUGACAUUUAUGAGAAAGCCAGGGUCCUUCUGUGCAAAAUUGAUUGGUGCUCAGCCAAUGGGCUCCAAGGCAUUGCAAAUAAAGGUACCUUUUCCACUGGGCCUGAUCAGAAGCAGGGCAGAGUGUUGCCUCUGCCUAUGAAACUUCAGGAAAUGCUCCAACUCCUGUCCUAGCAGACUACAUCUGUGGUCAACAAAGAGAAACUGGGCUUUGAAGAUGAAGCACUUUGUUCCUCAGUUCCCUUCCAUCUUGGCCAUCUAUUGCUUCUGCAUGGUACAGAUUCCCUCUUCAGUUGCUGUAUUAGCUAUUCUCCCAAGUGUUUUGUCAUGCACCAAUGAGAGGAAGACUUCAUUUAAGUCAGCUAAAGAUUGACUGGCAUAGGGUGCCACUGUGUGCUGGUAACACCCUUACCCAGAACCUACCCCUGAAGAGUCUGAUGAGGAUUUCCUCGACCUCUAGCUGAUCCCCCAGAUGGCUUGGAUAUCAUGCAGCUUGAGCGGCUGGCAUAUUGGGCAGCUCUUUCUAGGCAACCUAAGGAUGAUCAAGACAUACACAAAAGGAACUCAGAAGCCGAUACAUCCAGUUAAAAGUGGGUUUCCUCCCGUGCACCCGUUAAUGCGCAUGGCUGCGCAGCUCGUCAACCGGAAGGUGAAAAGAUUUCUGCAACAGCGCGAGGCACGGGGUCACAGCCAACUGACAGUAAGCCUGGAGGAUGCGGUUCCUGUUACAUUAACCUGUGUUUCAUUCACUCACAGGAUUCAGGGACUGCUGCAGUGGAUUUCACCAAGAAGGAUCACACUGCCACCUGGGGACGACCAUUUUUCCUUUUCAGGCCAAGGAAUGGAAGAAACACUGAAGAUAACACCCAGUAGGACAGUCCGAGAAUUCAGUGGCAAAGAGAAACUGGAUUAGAUAAAGAAAUUGGGCAAUUAUUUUGAACCCAUGUCAACUUUCUGUGAGAGAUAAAAGAUAAUUCUCUUGCUCUUUAUUCAUAGAAUAUUCAGUUGUAUAAAAAAUAAAGUAGCAUGGACACAA